AUGGGCCUCUCCAUUCAGAACACGAGCGCUGCCACCACCUCUCCUCCUCCGCGCGCGCCCGCCGCAAGACCAAACAGUCUCGCCUUCCGCUCAGCAACCAUGGCCUUUGUCACAGUCCCCGCCUCUGUGGCCUCCACUUUCUCAUGUCACAGCACUUUCAUCUCCGCCCGACCACGUACCCUCGUCGUCCGUCAACAAGCCCCCCCUUCUCUCAUCCGCAUGGACGCCAAUGGAAAGCCCUCCCAGGCGGAAACCGAGGAGCCGCAAACCGAGGUUAUCAUCGACGAGAACAUUGCCGGUUUCUGCAGCAUCAACCCGCGCACGGGAAAGCGCGCUGAGCUCUCCGUUCGCGAAAAAGAGCGCGUCUUCCUCGAUGCCGCCCAGGCCUAUUUCCGUGGCGAUUCUACUCUGUCCAACGAGGAGUUUGACACCCUCAAGGAGGAGCUCACCUGGCAGGGCUCCGACGUUGUCACCCUCAGUCGCGACGAGUUCAUGUUUUUAGACGCCGCAAAGUCCUAUGAAGAGGGCAACCCAACAAUGCCAAAUGAAGAGUUCGACAAACUCAAGAAGAAGCUCAUUGAUGCGGGUUCGAUCGUUGCCAUUCAGCGCGGCCCGCGCUGCUCUAUCCGUAGGCAGAUCACCUUUUCCGAUGUAAUCCCUGAUCGAAAACGAACUUUCGUUCUUUACGUUCCGGCGGGACUCCUCGUCGCUUUGCUUUGGCUCUCCUUUUCGUUUGAGUUCACUCCAUUGCACAAUAUCGACCCUGUGCUCUCACUCAUCAUUGGCUCCCCGGCCAUCUUUUUGCUCGCAAAGCUUCUCACGUCCGCCGUUGUUCCAGACCCACAGAUCAUGGUCGGCGAUUGUCCGAGUUGCGGAAGGCGUACUCAUGUCUUCUUCGGAGAUGUCCUCACUAACAAGGGGUUUCAGGAGUAUGCUGACGUCAAGUGCGACAAGUGCAAAGCCAAGCUGAAGGUGGAGAAGGAUACAAAUCGCAUGAUUCUUAUUUCAGAGGGUUAACUGCGUCGUCAGUUUUGGAGAAUUCAUAACUGAACAGACUCUACCGUACGUCUUGAGAUCUGGCCUUUUCUUUAAUCGUUCUAGCGCGACAUAUUUGGCGGUAGAAGCGGCAGGUGAGGGCGCGCUGCGAAUGUACGGGCCUACCUAUUGUAAUUAUAAACCUGCCUACUAGUGCAGUUAUUGCGUUUCUGCUGCUACUCAGACUUCGCUGUCUUUCGACAGACACGAAAACAAGACGGUGCCGGAGCCAUAUCUAGACUACCAUCCGUCUUUGGAGGAUUCCAUCUCGAUUGCACGUUGUGACCGGCAGAUUAGCAUGACUCCCUACACACGGAUGGUCGUUCUUCUAUCCAAAACCAAGUCAUCUUCAGUGUCUCCAAGUCGCUACGUCGUGGUGCCCCACGGUGCGUAAUCAACCUCCGGCUAGCGAAAAGACAAGCGCUAGUUUCUAGGUGACAAAUGACCUCAUAUGAGGUCACUUUUCAACUUAUUUUUUCUCUACUUGCUCUAGCUCAACAAGAUGGAAAAAGAUACUCUCGCCACCGCAGUUGACUUCUUCGUUGCAGAAGGGCGGAGUUUGGUGAGAUCUGCACGUCUUUUCCAGCCAUUUUUAAAAUGCCCAAAAAAGGAGCCUUUUUGGCGUCUGCAUACACUUGUGUAUGCAGGUGAAGCUGUCCAGGGAGUAGCGAGUGACAUGCCGACACCUGGCAUUCGACCGAGCGUGCACUGUCCUACAUAUCGCCGACGGCCGGGUGAGAGUCUCGUGACUUCUCGGCUAUGUCUAUUUCUCUUUUGCCCACCCAUCCCCGUCAGGACGCCCUUCCCUGGGCUUCCCUCACAUGUCUAUUCUCUGAUAUUGUUCUUUCUUUGUUUACUUUUCGAUAGAUAGUCAAGAGUACUCUCGCUACCGCUGAUAUCUCGGGUGCGCGGGAGCUCCAACCGUAAGCGACCAUCUAUCUUCACCAACCUCAAAACGUUUUAUGUUGAUUUCUUCGAAACCAAAACGCCUGUUUAAAAAGCCAACUCAUCAUUGAAACUUCAUUAGAUUCUUAGUCUCUCUGUGCAUUGGAAACUGCCAUCCCAAGGUUUUGCAAGAUGUUAAUGCCGAGGGCAAAUACGUUAAAGAAAUGGUGUCCAAACUGACUCUUUAAAGUUUCGAUUUAAUUUAUAUAUUUUUUGCAAAAAAAACUGGCCUCAUAUGAGGUCAAAUCGCUUGUCGUCUAGACACUAGGAUCUGCAGCAGGCGAUAAAUGAAUUGGCCCCACAUGAGGGCCAAUUUUAGUCAAAAUUAAGAUUUUAUGAUAAAACAAGGGAAGUGCAAUAUGUCGCAUGACUGAGGGCCAGUCCUAACAAAGGACUUUUUUCUCGUUUUUCCUUUCCCUCGCCCCGUUUUUAUUGAGUUCUUCACUAAAAUCGGAAGCACAUUGCUGUAGUUUUUACUGUAAUGCCAUCCCAAAGUUCCACUCCUCAGAAAUGGAACAGAGUCUGGACGGUCUGCAGAUCCAUGCAGCAUGGAAGGUACAGCAA